AUGGCCACGUCUAUACUUGGGGAAGAGCCGCGCUUCGGAACGACCCCGUUGGCCAUGCUGGCGGCGACCUGCAACAAGAUCGGCAACACGAGCCCGCUGACGACGCUGCCGGAGUCGAGCGCUUUCGCCAAGGGCGGCUUCCAUCCCUGGAAGCGCUCCUCGUCCAGCUGCAACCUCGGCUCCAGCCUCUCGGGCUUCGCCGUGGCCACCGGCGGCCGCGGCUCAGGCGGCCUGGCGGGCGGCUCUGGAGCAGCCAACAGCGCCUUCUGCUUGGCCUCCACGUCCCCCACGUCGUCCGCUUUCAGCAGCGACUACGGCGGCCUCUUCUCCAACUCGGCAGCGGCCGCGGCCGCGGCGGCCGGGGUGUCCCCGCAAGAGGCGGGCGGCCAGUCGGCCUUCAUCUCCAAGGUGCACACGACGGCGGCCGACGGCCUGUACCCGCGCGUGGGCAUGGCGCACCCGUACGAGUCGUGGUACAAGUCAGGCUUCCACUCAACGCUGGCGGCGGGCGAGGUGACCAACGGCGCGGCGUCGUCGUGGUGGGACGUGCACAGCAGCCCAGGCUCGUGGCUGGAGGUGCAGAACCCCGCUGGGGGGCUCCAGAGCUCGCUGCACUCGGGCGCCCCCCAGGCCUCGCUGCACUCGCAGCUCGGCACCUACAACCCCGACUUCAGCUCGCUCACGCACUCGGCCUUCAGCUCCACGGGCCUCGGCUCCUCGGCCGCCGCCGCCUCGCACUUGCUCUCCACCAGCCAGCACCUGCUGGCCCAGGACGGCUUCAAGCCGGUGCUGCCCUCCUACUCGGACUCCAGCGCCGCCGUGGCGGCCGCCGCAGCCAGCGCCAUGAUCUCGGGCGCCGCGGCCGCCGCCGCCGGGGGGAGCUCGGCGCGCUCGGCCCGCCGCUACUCCGGCCGCGCCACCUGCGACUGCCCCAAUUGCCAGGAGGCGGAGCGGCUGGGCCCGGCCGGGGCGAGUCUGCGGCGCAAGGGCCUGCACAGCUGCCACAUCCCGGGCUGCGGCAAGGUGUACGGCAAGACGUCGCACCUGAAGGCGCACCUGCGCUGGCACACGGGCGAGCGGCCCUUCGUGUGCAACUGGCUCUUCUGCGGCAAGCGCUUCACGCGCUCGGACGAGCUGCAGCGGCACCUGCGGACUCACACGGGCGAGAAGCGCUUCGCCUGUCCGGUGUGCAAUAAGCGCUUCAUGCGCAGCGACCACCUGAGCAAACACAUUAAGACGCACAACGGGGGUGGCGGGGGCAAAAAGGGCAGCGACAGUGACACGGACGCCAGCAACCUGGAGACGCCCCGCUCCGAGUCCCCCGACCUCAUCCUGCACGACUCCGGCGUCAGUGCCGCCCGGGCGGCGGCGGCGGCGGCGGCGGCUGCAGCGGCGGCGGCGGCGGCCUCGGCAGGAGGCAAGGAAGCCGCGUCUGGCCCCAACGACUCUUAG